AUGAUGAAGCACUCUCACGAAGAAUUGUCUGACAGCACAGACGUAGAAACCCUCCCAGAAAAGAAAUAACUUAAGAUAGGUUAUAUGGUCAACCCAGAUCCUGUCUUUUUCAACGAAUUAGAUUAUAAGCUUAUCGAUGAAUUGAAAGAACUAGGUGCAGACAUUGUUAUGAUAAAUUUUGAAGAUAUUUACUUUAAAUUUACAAGCGAAAAGAUAGAGCUCUACUUCAAGAGCUAACCUCUCCAAUUAGAUGGUUUUAUGAGCUAUGGCUACAUGAGCCCUGAGCAUAUGACCGACUAUAUCGAAAUGGUCAAGAUAUUUGAAUAGAUGGGAAUUACAUGUCUUUAUAAUCAUAAGGAAAUCGAAGUAUUUUCCAACAAACUCUAGCAAGCCGUACAUUUCGCAAAAGCUAAAGUGCCCAUUCCAAAUACCUUUAAUGCAUAUUCAGUUAAGUCUACCAAGGACUAUUAUUAUACUUAACUAGGUUAAAAGGCUGUCAUUAAAUAAUAGACUGAUUAUGGUGGUGAUGGUAUUAAAUUAAGCAAGCAUCCUGAUGAAGGUAUUACAUAAUUUUCCAAACUUAAAUGGAUCAAUUAGAAGUCUAUUUCUCAAGAGCUAGUUCCCGAUGUCUGGGGUUAAUCAGUUAGAGUCCUAUUUAUACAAGGAAAGCCAUUUGCAUGCGCUUAAUAUAACGAUAAAUCAGGCGAUUUUAGAUCAAAUGUUUCCUAUCAUGAAAACUUCUCCUUGCCUUCUUUCAUGGAUAACCCAAAAUUAAACUAAUACUAUGAAGUCGCUCAAAAAGCUGUGCACAGUGUCUCCUCAGAUAUUAUGAUCGCUGGUGUCGAUUUAGUUGAUUCUCCUACCAAAGGCGUAAUUGUCCUUGAAGUCAACAUCUGGCCUGACAUGUACGACAUCUAAGAGUCUACCAAAAAACCAGUAUUUAAGAGCUUAGUAAGCUCUUUUUACGAAAGAGUUCAAAACAAAGUGAAUCAUGCAAAUUUAUUAUCUCCCAAUAUCUUACCUAAAUGGAUAGGAGGCAAUAUACAAAAUGAAAUACCUCUACUAAACCAAAAAUAAUAACAAAUAGUUGAAUAAAAGAUCUGA